CUUAUGCAGGUACAGGGUAUAUACACGGUUCGCUCUAUCGCCAUUGCAAUCACGAUAUAUCGCAACAUGGCCGCUGGCCCGAUCGCUGAGCGAAAUCAAGAUGCGACCAUCUAUGUGGGAGGCCUGGAUGAGAAGGUGUCGGACACCAUCCUGUGGGAGCUGUUUGUCCAGGCAGGGCCAGUCGUGAAUGUGCACAUGCCCAAAGACCGGGUGACUGGCCACCACCAGGGCUAUGGUUUUGUGGAGUUCCUGGGAGAGGAGGAUGCCGACUAUGCCAUCAAGAUCAUGAACAUGAUCAAACUGUAUGGAAAGCCCAUCCGUGUCAACAAGGCGUCAGCGCACCAAAAAAACCUGGAUGUGGGCGCAAACAUUUUCAUUGGCAACCUGGACCCAGAGGUGGAUGAGAAGCUGCUGUACGACACCUUUUCAGCAUUUGGUGUCAUUCUUCAGACGCCUAAGAUCAUGCGUGAUCCAGACACGGGCAACUCCAAGGGUUACGCCUUCAUCAACUUUGCCAGCUUUGAGGCAUCAGAUGCAGCCAUUGAGGCCAUGAAUGGCCAGUACCUGUGCAACCGGGCCAUCACUAUCUCGUAUGCCUUCAAGAAGGACUCCAAGGGCGAGCGGCACGGAUCAGCAGCAGAGCGUCUGCUGGCGGCACAGAACCCGCUGGCCCACUCAGACCGACCCCAUCAGCUGUUUGCCGAUGCACCCCCUGUUGGUGGGCUUCCCCCGCCACCACCUGUGGCUGGUCUGGCGCCUCCUCCCGUUGCCUUGGGUGCAAUGCCACCUGGACCUCCGCCCGGGGGUUUGCCAUUGCCACCGUUACCCACCCUGCCACCACCGCCACCGAUGCCUGGUGGUAUGCCUCCCAUGCCACCGCCGUUCCGACCGGUGCCACCAUUUCCACCCGGCGGACUGCCCCCACCACCACCACCCUCCAUGGGCAUGCCACCGCCACCAAUGCACCAGCCGCCAUUCGGCAUGAUGCCACCUCCACCGGGGGCACCCCCACCACCACCACCAGACCGGAUGCCGCCUCUGCCACCUUCGCAGAUGGGUCCCCCUGGGAUGCCCCCACCAUUCCCUCCACCGCCCGGCAUGCGGCCACCGCCUCCACCGCCGCCGCAGUUUGGGCAAAGACCACCGCCACCACCGCCGCCAGCAUUUGGCAUGCCACAUGGUCCUCCAGGACACCCUCCCGGCCCUCCUGGGGCGCGGCCCCCUUGGCCCCAUGGUCCCCCGCCCCCUGGUCCCCCCGGUGCACCACCACCACCUCCACCGCCACCCCCAUCAAGCCAUGGAGGACCAAUGCCACCCCCGCCACCGCCAAUGCCUUCUGGUCCGCCACCGCCUCCACCACCACCUGCCAGCUCGUGAGGCUACAUGGCUAAAAUUGAGAUGGCUUUGCUUUUGUUCACAUAAUAAAUGGUGCGGGACCCUGA